AUGGAUCUUAGAGACAGCAGCGGAACCCAAGUUACUUUCAGUUUUGAUUUUGUUUUGGCGUUGGACUGGAAUGAAUGGCCAAUCUCUGCCAAGGAGUGGAUAACGCGACCUCGCAAGUGGCCAGAUAAAACGGUCGCAGCGGAAGUAGCCAAUGGUGGCGUAUACUUGGUUUCAAAAGCCUCAACGCACGGCGAUCCAGAAUUAGAAUGGAGAAUCUCGUUCUCGAAAGCUGAGAAAAUUCUGUUUUCCCGUUUUCCGAAACCACGAGGUGAAUACACGUUUCCUGCUGGAAGAAAAAUCACUUACGAUCAUCUUCUGAUUACAGAUGGCAGCUGCCGCAUUGAAUGCUAUCGCAUCCUGAAGGAGAUAUUCAAAGAACACCUGUCGACUCCCAAGAUUCUCAGUUCUUAUCAUCUCAAGACCAUCAUGCUUUGGGCAUGCGAAAAACAUCCUGAAGAUUUCUGGGAAAGUUCCAACUCAGCUAUCUGUUUUCUGGGUCUCAUUGACGACCUUUUUCACGGCUUGGCUACUCAGCAGCUAGAACAGUUUUUCGUGCCUUCAAUCAACCUCCUCUCACAUCACGACAAUGCUUUCCUGUUGACAUUGACGAGAAAGGUGUCCCGCAUUCGCACUAAGCCACUACAGUUCGUAAAAACGCCCGAGGACGACUUGGGAAUACAAGUUACGUACAGUGACUCCUUCAUUGAAGAUUCCGAAAAAGCCCAAUUAGAAGCCAUGAAACAGUGGUUCUCUGGAGCUCAAAAAAAUUCAGGAGGUGAAGUCGUUGCCCAAAUGAGUUACAGUUAUAAAAUGACUGGAAAAUUUGAUCCCUCGAGAGUUGACAAUUCCUACCUUCGAGAUAACCAUUCACCUAAGCAGUGA